AUGGCGGCCCUCAGACUCCUUGUGAAGCCCAAGAUCAUCAAAAAGAGGACCAAGAAGCUCAUCCAGCACCAGUCAGACAGAUAUGUCAAAAUUAACCUCAACUGGCAGAAACCCAGAGGCAUCGACAACAGGGUGCGGAGGAGGUUCAAGGGCCAGAUCUUGAUGCCCAGCAUAGGUUAUGGAAGUAAGAAAAAGACCAAGCACAUGCUGCCCAGCGGCUUCCGGAAGUUCUUGGCGCACAGUGUUAAAGAGCUGGAGGGGCUGCUGAUGUACAACAGGUCUUACUGCGCAGAGCUUGUUCACAACUUCUCCUCUAAGAACCGCAAGGCCAUUGUGGAAAGAGCAGCCCAACUAGCCAUCCGAGUCACCGAUCCCACUGCAGGCUGCGCAGAGAAGAAAACAAGUAGACGGCCUGUAUACAUGUUCAUUUGUGCUUCAGCCUACAGCCAUUCCUUGUCAAAUCGGAAUCUCAUUAAUUUUCACCAGCUAAUGUGGGAAUAUUUCCCAGACAAGCACAAGUCCAAGGAUGCCAGAAAAGUGCCAGAUAAACUCAGUUCUCCCAAAGGAACCAUGAGAGGCACAGCACAACGUAAUGCUGUCUCCUCCAGCAUUAGGAUGAAAGAAAUGGCAACGCUGGCAGUGGAGGUUUCUCCACCAGCUUGA